AUGGAGCUGUCCAAAAGAACUUACAUGCAGUUUGGAGGAACUUUGCUGUCAAUUGCAGGAUGGGUUCUGUCCUGUGUUACCACGUUUGUGCCACUUUGGAAAAACUUGAAUUUAGAGUUGAAUGAAUUAGAAAACUGGACUAUGGGUUUAUGGCAGACCUGCGUUGUUCAAGAAGAAGGAGGAAUGCAAUGCAAGGACUUUGACUCCUUUUUGGCUCUGUCAGCUGAACUCAGGAUUUCCAGGAUUUUGAUGUGCUUAUCUGUUGGCUCUGGGAUUCUCGGUCUCUCCAUCUGUGGCCUUGGCUUGGAAUGUGUAAACAUUGGGGAGCGAAGACAGGAGUCCAAAAAUCGCCUUUUACUUCUUGGAGGCAUACUGCUUUGGAUAGCAGGUCUGAGUGCCUUGGCCCCAGUCUCCUGGGUGGCUUAUGACACUGUCCAAGAAUUCUGGGAUGAAACUAUUCCAGACAUUGUCCCAAGGUGGGAGUUUGGUGAAGCUUUGUUCAUGGGCUGGUUUGGAGGGUUCUUCCUCCUAGUUGGUGGCACUCUACUUGCAUCUUCCUACUGCUUUUUACCUUCUGACCCAAAAACUGCAUGUUACACACCUACAAAGCAUCAUAAACAGUAUCUAUCUGUAGACUCCAAAUACCCAGACCUGACUGUAUAA